AUGGAAUUUAGGAAUCAAACUUUGGUGACUGAGUUUUUAUUUGUGGGCUUAACAAAUUGCUUCCAGCACCAGGUUGUUCUGUUUGUGAUGUUUCUCUUGGUUUAUCUGGUCACCCUUCUGGGAAAUGUGGGGAUGAUCACCCUCAUUUGGAUGGAUUCCCGGCUCCACACUCCCAUGUACUUUUUUCUCAGCCACUUGUCCUUUGUGGAUGUCUGCUCCUCUUCUGUCAUUGGUCCCAAGAUGUUGACAGACAUCUUUGUGAAAAAAAAAGUAAUCUCUUUCUUGGGUUGUGCUGCCCAGUUAUGGUGUUUUGGUCAGUUUGUAGUGACAGAGUGUUUCCUGUUGGCCUCCAUGGCUUAUGACAGGUAUAUGGCCAUCUGUAAGCCCUUGUUGUAUACACUCAUUAUGUCCCGGCGAAUCUGUGUGCAGCUGGUGGUAGGGCCUUAUACCAUGGGUCUUAUAAGCGCCAUAACACAUACGACAUUUGCCUUUCGCCUGCCUUACUGUGGUCCAAAUACCAUCAAUCACUUCUUCUGUGACCUACUUCCUGUUCUCUCCCUGGCAUGUGCAGACACCCAGGUCAAUCAGGUUUUACUUUUCAUCUUGGCUGGAACUCUAGGAGUGCUCAGUGGUGUGAUCAUCCUGGUUUCCUACAUUUACAUCGUGGUCACUAUCUUGAGGAUCCGCUCUGCUGAGGGGAGGCGCAAAGCCUUCUCCACCUGCUCUUCACACCUGACUGCUGUCUCCAUCCUGUAUGGGACACUCUUCUUUAUCUACGUACGUCCCAGUUCUAGUUUCUCCCUGGACAUCAAUAAAGUGGUUUCUGUGUUCUACACAGCCGUGAUCCCCAUGUUGAACCCCCUUAUCUACAGCCUGAGAAACAAAGAGGUCAAGGAUUCAUUCAGGAGGACGUUUGAGAAGAAGAAUCUUCUUCUGAGUAGGUAA